AUGUUUAAAAUAGGAUUUCGCGUAACUGCUGUCCCUAUCGGAUCUGGCCCUUGCUACCAAAGCAUUGGACCGGGUUCAAAUCCGGCGUACACCAAUGAAUAUUUUCAAUAUUUAAGUGUAUUAUUCUGCUCAGCCCAAGAAAUACAAACGAGUUCCAAUCUCAAAAGUUUACCCCCUAACGUAGUUGCUCAUGACCUCAGAAGUUUAUGCGACUUUAAACAAAUUAAAAAAAAAAUAAAAAAAAAAAAAUUUUUUUCUAAAAAUUUUAAUACAGAACAGAACAAUUUUAGUGAAGAAUAA